AUGACAGUCAUUGAAGACAACGUUAGACCGACCCUGCUGCGGCCACCAGAGCACGAUGAGAGCAAGUCUCUGAUUGAGAAUGUAUUGGACGUCACAGAGAUCAAGGUUCUAGGCCCUGACAUCUUUACAAACACACAACCUCAAUGGCAUCCUCCUGGUGCUCGUGGUAUCUAUGGAGGUGCUGUCAUCGCACAGUGUCUUGCUGCCGCGCAAAAGACGGUCCCGGAGACGUUCCUAGUCCACUCAUGCCAUUGCUACUUCCUGCUCGCGGGCAACUCUGAGAUACCCAUUCUCUAUCAUGUUGAGCGUGUACGCGACGGACGCUCGUACUCAACACGCACGGUCCAAGCGCGGCAAAAGGGCGCGUGCAUCUUUACCACCACCAUCAGUUUCGUGCGUGAGACACCUCCUGAGAGGAAGCGACGGGAGGUCAGCCAUGCGGCGAGCCUGCCGAAGGAUGUGAGCCCGCCGUCAGAGGACUGGGAUGGCGAGCCUGAGUGGGCAAGGACUGGACCGUUUCAGAGCCACAGAAUCGAAGUAUUGGGCGCCCAGGACCCAAACUGCAAGCCACAGGACCGCAAGAGCAGGCAGUGGAUGCGCUCGAGACAAAAGAUCUCAGCUGGAGGUGGCCACCAAGCACAUCUCAACGCCUUGGCCUACAUGUCGGACAGCUACUUCAUCGGCACGGUCUCCCGCCUCCACGGACUAUGGCGCUUCCCGUUCUCGCCAGAAGAGGUACCCUCGCUGGAUGAGAAGACCCAAGAGCAGGUCAAGAGCCUGUGCGAGUUUGAGGGCAUGGGCAGUAACGUGGAGGACUGGAAGGGGCGGGCACAGGUGGGAAUGCUGGUGAGUCUGGAUCACAGCAUCUAUUUCCAUGAGCCACUGGCAGUCAAGGCGGAUGAGUGGAUGUUUACCGAGAUGGAGAGUCCGUGGGCGGGAGAUGGCAGGGGUGUUGUUACACAGAAGAUAUUUGGCAGGGAUGGGGCGUUGCUGGCGACAUGUUUCCAAGAGGGCGUUGUUCGGCUUAAGCAGGAUGGCGGAGAGAAGGGUGCGAAGCUGUAA